UUCUCACUCACUCACUCUCUCUCUCUCUCUCUCUCUAAAACACAGACGGACUGACGGAGUCUCUUCCAAUCUGUGUUUGGUGACCAUUGAAGACUCAUCUUUGGGAGCUAUGGCUUUCCUCGUUUGGAGUUGUCGGAAACUUUUUCUUUGAGUUGUAAAGGAAAGAAAGAAAAAAAAAAAAACCUUGUUUCGAAGCAAAAACCUUAUAUUCAUCAACCUGCUUUUCACGGAUUUUCGGUUCUUCUUUUUCUGCUUCUCUGAUCCAACUUUUUCAGCCAUUUGAUCUUUCUCUGAGAGCAGAACCUGUCUACAGUCUCAGCUUCUCUUUUUGUCCUCUCAGAAAUGAAGUCUUCGAGUCGGCUCGACUCGGCUGUGUUUCAGCUCACGCCCACUCGAACCAGGUGUGAUUUGGUUAUAUCUGCAAAUGGGAAGGAAGAAAAAAUAGCUUCGGGUUUGCUGAAUCCAUUUCUUGCCCACCUGAAGACUGCACAAGAGCAGAUGGCCAAGGGGGGUUAUUCAAUUGUUCUAGAGCCGGAACCUGGCAGUGAUGGGACAUGGUUCACGAAGGACACAAUGGAAAGGUUUGUUCGUUUCGUAAGCACUCCAGAGGUCUUGGAAAGGGUCUACACUACAGAAUCAGAGAUCUUACAAAUUGAGGAGGCAAUUGCCAUUCAAGGCAACAAUGAUAUGGGGCUGAGUACCGUAGAAGAUUUUCAAGCCAAACCUGUAGAAAGUUCUGAAGGUAGCAGGCCGGUGCUUGAUACUAAUGAGGAGAAAGCAAUUGUCCUUUACAAACCUGGAGCAAAUCCACCUGAAGCAAAUGGAUCCACCACUCAGGAGGGAAAUUCGAAAGUUCAACUUUUGAAAGUCCUGGAGACACGCAAAACCGUGCUGCAGAAAGAACAAGGCAUGGCCUUUGCACGUGCUGUAGCUGCUGGUUUUGACAUUGAUCACAUGUCACCAUUGAUGAUAUUUGCUGAAUGCUUUGGAGCCUCGCGUUUAAUGGAUGCAUGUAAAAAAUUUAUGGAGUUAUGGAAAAGAAAGCAUGAAACUGGGCAGUGGCUUGAAAUUGAAGCAGCUGAAGCAAUGUCUAGCCGAUCAGACUUCUCUGCCAUGAAUGCAUCAGGCAUUAUGCUUGCAAAUGUGGCCAACAAGCAGAAAGAACAUGAGGUGGCUUUAGAAAAUAGUGCGAACACAAGUAGUGCUGCAGGUGCAGAUGACAAGCCUCCCUCAGAUCACAAAGCACCAUUAGGCAAUCAAGAAUAUUUUCAAGGACAAUUUCCACAUCAUAUGUUCCCUCCCUGGCCUGUUCAUUCUCCUCCUGGUGCACCUCCAGUCUAUCAAGCAUAUCCCAUGCAGGGCAUGCCUUACUAUCAGAACUAUCCUGGAAACGGCCAAUUUUUUCAGCCACCAUAUCCAUCAGUGUUGGACCCUAGACUUAGUGCUGGUCCAAGAAUGGGGAGAAGGCAUUCUAUGGAUAGUAGGGAUAGCAAUACUGAAUUAGAAACUUGGGAGAUGGAUGCUUCAAAAGCAAGAUCGCAAGAUGAAUUGGAGUUGGAGAAAGAAGCUUCACAAACUCGAGAAUCAUCGAAGAAGGCUAGCCGAUCAGGUAAAAAGCAAUCAGGGACGGUUGUCAUUCGGAACAUUAAUUACAUAACUUCAAAGAGGCAGAACUCUUCUGGUAGUGAAUCACAAUCAGCUUCUGAGUCUGAAACUGAUGAGGAAGGUGGAGAUUUACAGGCUAAUAUUCUGGAGAAGAGGCGUAUGGACUCUCAGAGAUCUUCCAAGAGGAAAGGGAGUCGUACAAAAUCCAUGGAUAAAUUGAAUUCAUCCGAUAAGGAAGAAAUGUCACAUGGGAAGGAAUCAGAUGGUGGAAACUGGCAGGCAUUCCAAAAUUUUUUACUGAGAGAUUCUGAUGAGGACAAACGUGCAGUUGACCAUGGCAUGUUUGCGAUGGAAAAGGAGGUUCAACUGAAAAGGCGGCAAAAACAUGUAGGUGAUGAUCCUUUAGUUUUUAGUGGGCAAGGUAAGGGUGAAAUGCAUGAAGUUGAUAUGGUUGAUAUGCAUACAAUGAGUGGAAACGUGAGCUAUAUGCGCAAGGCAUCAAAUGAUGAAUUGUUGAUUUCUAGGAGAGAUGGUCAGUCUGGUGAUGGUAGAAGCUCUAAGGACGUACAGUCUGCAGAAAUAGAUGGAAGACGAGGUGGCUAUAGGAGAACUGGCAAUGAUGAUUUUAUGAUACGUAGGCAAGAAGGCCAGUCAGGUUAUACAAAUUCUCCCUCAGAUCUGCUUGUAAAUGGAUUUGAUCGUGUAACCAAUAACAUGAAUAGGAUGCCAGCACAUGAUAUGGAUGAUGACUCAUACAUCAUUGCAUUAAGGGCAAAUUCACUGGACGAAGUUGGAAACAAUGACAGAAAUGCUAUUGGCAUGGAUUCUGAAUUCCCAUCUGCAUCUCAGAUGGCAGAGAACUCUUCUAAUAAAGUUGGGAGCCAAUUCAAUUAUGAGGUAGAUGAAUUGAGUAUGAUGCCCAAUCGCGGAACAGAAAAGGAGUCAAAUGGUUAUGACCCUGCUUUAGAAUAUGAAAUGCAGAUUCGUGCUGAAGAUGGUGCUUCACACGAUAAGAAAAAUAUGGAGGUAGAGAUCAAGCAAGGUUCAAAAAAGUCAGACAAGGACCGGAAAUCAAGACUUACGCCAGAUAAUUCAGAUAAGAAGACUGUGGGGCCAAUAAGGAAAGGGAAGCCUUCGAAGUUGAGUCCUUUGGAAGAAGCACGAGCACGCGCUGAGAGGCUAAGAACCUUUAAAGCUGAUCUUCAGAAAAUAAAGAAAGAAAAGGAAGAGGAACAGAUAAAACGACUGGAAGCUUUAAAGAUAGAGAGGCAAAAGAGAAUUGCUUCUAGAGGGAGUUCAAUUCCAGCUAAGUCACCAUUUCCGUCCCAUCAAACCAAGAAACAAUUGCCAGCAAAACUUUCCCCAAGCACUCACAAAGGAUCAAAGUUUAGUGAUUUGGAGGCAGGAUCAUCGCCACCAGUGAAAAGGUCCUCCAUCAGAACUCCUGUUGGAUCCAGUGAUUCUGAAGCAGCCUCUAAACCCAGCAGAUUGAGUACUGGUAGUCACUCUGCUGGAAACAGGUUAAGUCGAUCAGUGCCAUCAUUGCCUGAACCAAAGAAAGAGAACAAUGGUGUUACAGCUGAUACUAAGGCAUCCAUGGCUCGGAUUAGAAGAUUAUCAGAGCCUAAAAUGAGUAGCAGCCAGCAUGCCUCUUCAAUGAAGUCACGAAGUGCUGAACCAGUAUCAAAGACAAAGAUAUCUGGUGGACCUGAGCCUGAGACCAAGAAAAUAUCGGCUAUUAUGAACCAUGAUAGAAGCAAGGCUGCGACCCUACCAGAACUGAAGAUUAGGACAUCCAAAGGACCUGAUGGUGCCCGUAGCAAAUCAGCAGCAAAAGAGGUGACACAGAAGGUUAAUAAAAAUAAGUCUUCUACAACUCCUCAAGGUGCUGGACUGAAGAACGAUGAAAAUAUUUCACAUCAUAGUGAUUUGGAUGACAACCCAGUAAUUGAAAAGACUGUUCUAAUGCUAGAAUGCGAGAAGCUCUCCAUUCCCAUUGUACAUGCAUUGGAAGAAAAUGCAGAGGCACAAAAGGGACAAUAUGAUAACAUUGAGAUAGGGAAGAAAGUUGAUAUUGUGUCAGAUUAUGCUGCUGUACGUGCCCAAGUUUCACCACUUAAGAUGGAUACAGAUGAUUAUGGAGAACCCUCUGAACACCAAUCACAAGAGCGACCUGCUUCUUAUGUCGAGGUCAAAACAGUUAAUGCGGACAAAGAACCUCCAAAGGUUUCAACUAUCGGUAUUGCUAAAAAACCAUAUCAAGCCCCCCAUGCUCGGGUUUCUUCUUUGGAAGAUCCAUGUACUGGGAAUUCAGAGUAUGGCAAAGCAACACCAAGCACCUCAGAGAUUGUGACAACAGGCACACAGACUGUUAAAGCACUUGUAUCUGAUUCUAGAAACUCGAGUCUAGAAAAGAUUCCAGAGUCACUGGAGAAGCCUCAAGGAAAGGACUCAUCAAAAGGGAUUAGACGGCUAUUGAAGUUUGGGAGAAAGAGUCAUAGCUCAGCUACAGGUGAACGGAAUAUUGAAUCAGAUAAUACCAGCAUCAAUAGUUCUGAUGCGGAUGAUUCUGGGGCAAACUAUGUUUCUACGAGUGAAGUUCAUACAUUGAAGAAUUUGAUCUCUCAAGACGAAACUCCUACUGCCGGUACUACUUCACAAAAGUCGUCUCGGUCUUUCUCCUUGUUAUCACCCUUCCGGAGCAAGACUAGUGAAAAGAAACUGACAACAUGACAUCGUAGAUGAUACAUUUGAAGGUGAGAAUGCAGCUUGUAUCUUUUGCACUAUUUUGGUUGUGAAUUUUUACAAAUAUCAUUGUUUCAAUGUGAAAAAGCAUAAUUAUUAUUCGCCUUGCUGUCAAACUGGUCCCUUGUAUAUCACAUUCAUAUUUCGAUGUUUGAAUGGUGAAUUAUUCAGUA